CCCUUCGUCGCCUCUCUAAGUUUAGUCCCGAAGCAGCUGGUGAUCUUCAAUACCAGUGUAAAGCCUCUUUCUUUUCUGUGUGGCAAGGGGGCAUUCGUGCGACCGGUGGGAGUAAAUGUAACUGCAUGGGGUUGUGUGUGAGACCCAGUGGGGUUUACCUUUCGGGGACUGUUGGAAGAUCGUCCAUGCCCGGCCGUGGUCUUCCGCAGGCAUCAAGAGAUCUAUCUUGGAUGCUCGACUAGCUGCAUAGAAGAUCCCGUCGACGAUUACUCGGCUAGGCCGGCCCGAGUUUGUGUGUGUAGUUGGCCGCACGGGAACAGCGCUGUGCGUGAUGUUUCAGGCCGUACCGACAGAAAAGCACAACGCCUUUGGCGUUGCGCCCCUGUAUUCUUACAUUGCCAGGGUGUCUGGCAGAGAAAGUGUAUGGUAUUCGUACGGCUGUAUAUGCGUGUGCUUUUCUCGUGCCCUCGACGUGGACUCUGUGGUUGAAUUGUAUUAUAAAGGGUGGUGGGGUCUGGUUCUCGACACCUCCUCCCAUCUGAACAGGAUUUUCUUCGACUGCUGCACUCCAUCACCGGUACCUCAGAAGCAGAGAUAUUUGAGAAGCAUAGUCGAAUCCUCGUGAUAGCUAUGUCUCCCCCUCCUCUAGCAAUGAGUGAAAGCAAGGCCGUGUUGAUGUCUCGGCUUGGUCUGUCCGGACCUGGCGGGGAACAAAUCUACAAGAUGCUCUUAGACGAAGCAUCUAUUGGAAGAGAUCGCUUGAGUUGCGACUCCAAAAACCUCACCGUGUACUCGAGAACGCAGAGUCCGCCGGCCCAGCAGCCUUACAAGUGGGAUGAACUCUCGGAGACGGCAAGACACCAUGAGAUUCUUAUGAUCGUCAGCCAGGCGGGCCAAUAUACGAAGCCUUACUAUGCAAUGGGGUAUUACAAGCGUGCAACCGAGGAGAACUGGGUUGCUCAAUGGUUCCUAUGGCACUGCUUCCGCUAUCGCGACAACAGGCCUCGAAAUACCAUGAACAACGUUUCGGUCUAUAGAGGCAGAGGGACAACAACCCAGUUCUACGACCCCAUCUACAAUGCGUACCGUCGUUAG